CGGCAGACUGAAAGAAGAACAGUAGUGUUAACUCUCUCUCAUCCUCCUCUUUUUCUCUCCCUUCAUCUUUCUGUUUUUUCUCCUCCAUUGUUCUCAUUCAUCAUUCUUGUUCUUCUCUCACUCUCUUUUACACUCACUCGCUCUCUUUCCCUCACUCGAUCGCUCUCGCUCUCCCUCCCUCACUUGUUCUCUUAUGAAUGUCACCUUUACUGGUGGUAGCCGCUGGAUUUGCGCACACACCCACAUACACACACGCUCGCUGGCUUUGGGGUGGGGGGGGGGGGGGUAAUGUAGGGCUGUGGGGAGAGAUAGUGCGUGCCAGAAGAGGCAGAAGGGAAAUUUCUCAGAGUCCAUUCUUCUUUUGCCGGUUCCCGUCCUGCGACUCAGGGCUUUGUCCGUCCCAGCAGCUGAAGCAGAAGUGCCUCUGGACGUGGGAGCGCUGGAUUACCGCUCCAGAUUAUUAUUUUUUUUCCCAGCACAACUAAAGUUAGCCAUAGGGACUGCAGGCUGACCAUCUGCCCAUUUCUGACAGGAUCUGUUCCUGAUUUAAGCCGAAUAAUUCUGCUGCUGGUGAGUGAAGAACUUUCUGCAAGGACCAGUCGUGUGUGGGUGAGAAAGCUCAUCGUUUCUGUGUGCUAAACUUUAGCUUUGUCAGUGUUUUCGUCUUCAGGAACAAGACACAAGGGGAGGGGAAGGGAGAGGAGAGAAGGGGGGGCAAAUAUGUCGGCAAUGUCGCAACGAUGACUUUGUCAGCCUCUUUUUGUAUCUUUUUGUGGAAAUGUGACGACGUCGAUUUACGUUUUAAGGAUUUGUUGUGGUGUCAAUAUGUAUUUAGCGAAACAAACAUAAUGAAGGACAAACCAUGGACAGGUUGUGAGUGGACCAGAACUUAACCUCUUCCCUUACUGGAGGGAAACACACGGACACGUGAGGAACCUACCUGAUUUCUUGGCUCUCCGUGCACGCGAGGUUUGACCCCUGAGUUUUAUCUCUUCGUGUUGCUGGUAAAAAGACAAGUGCAUCCAGAGAGGGUCUCUAAAGCAAACAGAGACCCCCCUCCCAAAGGUGAGAGGGGGGGGGAAGAUGGCAGCUCUUGCCAGUUCUCUCAUCAGACAAAAACGGGCAGUCAAGGAGGACCAGGCCAACCGGCCGAUAGCCAACAAACGCAAGCCGUGCCCCAAGAGCAACAAGUCCCUUUGCCAGAAACAAAUUCUCGUUCUUAUAUCAAAAGUACGAUUAUGUGGCGGCCGAAGAGGAAGAACAGACAAAAGACCAGAGCCACAGCUAAAAGGCAUCGUCACCCGUCUGUACAGCCAGCAUGGCUACUACCUGCAGAUGCUGCCGGAUGGCACCAUGGACGGCACAAGGGACGAGAACAGCUGCUUCUCACAGUUCAACUUGAUUCCUGUGGGUCUGCGGAUAGUGGCAAUUCAGGGAGCGAAGACUGGUUUCUACCUGGGCAUGAACAGCGAGGGAUAUCUCUACACUUCUGAGCAUUUCAACCCCGAGUGCAAAUUCAAAGAGAGUGUGUUUGAGAACUACUAUGUGACGUACUCCUCCAUGCUGUACCGCCAAAGCCAGUCGGGACGCUCGUGGUACAUUGGCAUCAACCGGGACGGCCAAGUAAUGAAGGGCAACCGUGUGAAGAAGACCAAAGCGGCCGCACACUUCCUACCUAAAGUCAUCGAAGUGGCCAUGUACAAGGAACCUUCACUGCAUGAGCUUGUAGCAGAGCAGAGUCCUCCUCGCAAAACCGUAAAGACUUCGGACUCCCCCUCCCACCAGAACGGCAGGAAAGAGGCCCCCAGAGCUGAUGCUUCAUAGCACAGGGGGCACACACAGGGAGGGUGAGGGACUACACUGAAACUGAGAACUCCAUUUUCCUUCAUGCAAUGGGGGCAGGAAGAGCUGUAUGAGCGGCUGCUUGCUUUUAAAUGGGGCGAGAUCAGACAGCAGCCCCUGGCUCUCAGCAACGAGAGGAGAAUCCCUGCCUCUCUCGGUCGAACCAGCUCGUAUAUAUUUCCACUGACCCGGCAUGACACCUGACCCACCAUAUGAUCCUAUAAUCCCCUGGAAAACAUGUUUCUGUGUCCCCACAUGCCCUACUUGAGUUCUGUCACAGUGACAUACGAAAAAUGCAUACAAUAUCCAUCCUAACUGAAGAAUUCAAUUGACUUUUCUUUCCCUAUGGUUUCUUUUUGUUUGAACAAAGAGUUUGGGUAUGAGAACGAGAGCGAGCGAGAGAGAGAUGUUAUUAUCUAAUAUCAUCAUAAUGAUUCCAGCAGAUGAGACCCUCGCUGGUUCAUUUUUUUCCUGCCAUCACUUUGCCAACGGCUGCUCUGUGCCAAUCAGCUAUAUCAGAAGGAGUACAGUAAAAUUCAUUUUAUUGGACCAUUCAAGGAGGAUCCAGUUCUAUUGGUCAGCAGGUGUAGAUUGAUUUCCUCUGGGCCGCUGCCAGGGAAACUAAUGGUAUCGUCCAGAAUUUGUGAUCGGGCAGCUUUUAAAAUUAAACAAAACUCCGUAGUUCCAAUUCCUUCCACUGAUAUUCUCAAAAACAACCUGACGACGAUGAUAAUGAGUUUAGAUUGAAUCCACAAACCCAAACGCAUCUGUUUUUGGUUUAAUUGCGGCUACACCUGCAGGCUGUAAGAUCCAAAAAAAAGAAAAAAACAACUAAAUUCUCUUGUGACAACUCUAUUAAUGUUUAAUGGCCAAUGGGCUCGGAGCAGCAUCCGUAUCAUUGGCAAACGAGUGCAGAUUAUUCGGGGCAGUUGUUUGAUAGUUCUUUGAUGGAAUUCGUACAGAGGAUUACAUGGAGUCCAGCCAUGAUUGCUUGAAUUAUUUACUCCUUUUCCCGAGAACGCACGGCUCAUUCAAGCAGCUUGGAUGAGAAAUUUUAAUAUGCAAAUUUAAAUUGUGGCGAGCCGAUCAAUGACGCAGUGUUUGUGUGCAUUUAGACGUGUGUAUUAGAGUGUAAAAGAGACAGAAUGAUGCGAAAUGAACAUCUGCUUCCAUUAUUUAUUUGUGUGUGUGUGGCAGUCUGGGCACACGUGUAAACGCAUUGGCUCACACACCACAGUUGAUCAUUUUAAUGGUUCAGUCGAGUCUGGGCAUUUUAAUCUGCCUGGAGAUGUUGACUGAUGACCUUCUCCAGGAUUCAUAAUUGACACAUAACCAAGAGGAAGUGCUGUGACAUCCAGGACCUCUUUGUAAUUCCAAAGGCAUCUUACCGGUCCACACACACCACACUCCGUAAAUUGUUUGCAAUGUGUGUGUUUGAGUAGAGUUGGUCAACCAUCUUACAGAUGGUGCCCUUUUGUCCUUCAGAAGGGAAGAGACCUGCUCUGUGAUUAUAACAUCAAUCAUUUGUGGGCCAAUAUCAACAAAUGUGGAAGGUGUGACCUGAGCUGCAGAUGUGGCAGGUUCACAAGUUUGGUUUUGCUGUUGAUCUUUGUGAAAAAGGUCAUUUGUUGUUUUAUAUGUGUGUUUGCAUGGUCAUCUCAAUGUCCUUGAGCUGUGUCCUGAACACCUGGGUAGCAAAAAACAAAUAAAUAAAUAAAAAAUUAAAAAAUUAAAUGAAUGAAACUUUGAGUAAAAAUAUUAAAUCGAAGGAAAGAUAUUUCGGAAAAUGCAACAGGAAGUCGGAAGAAGGUAUAGCGGAUGUCAGUGAGGGUUUGCGCAUGUUGUAGAACGUUUUUAGCAUGUUGAAGCAUGGUACGUGUAUGUGUCUAAAUGAAAGUUGAAGUGGCCAAGUUAAAGGAAUAUUCCAGGUUUAAUACAAGUUAAGCUUAAUUGACAGCAUUUGGGCAUUGUGUUGAUUACAAUGAAAAUAUAUUUAUACUAAUUUUCUUAAAAAAAAAAAAAAAAGCAAAAAAUUGGGUUACACUGAUGCAUUUACAAAGGAAAUGAAUAGGGUUCAUUUUCAAGGAUUUACAGCUGUUUCAUUGUCAUAUACCUUUAUACCAAUAGGGUUAGUUAGACAUUUUUUUUAAGAUUAUGAUGAAAUUAUGUUAACAUGCAAAUUUUUAUGUCUUGUGGCUAUUCUAUUAAAACAGUUAGCAUGUUAGCAUUUAUGUUCAUUUGCUAUCUUCAUUUUCAUUGUAGUGAAUUACCUCACUGUAAUCCAGAUUUUUGCUUCUUUUUUUGGAAAAAGGAGGGACAGAAGGAAAUUAAUUUUUGUGUUAAUCAACAUUAUGCCACAAGUGCAGUAUAUUGACUUUAACUUGUAUUGAACCUGGAACAUUCCUUUAAAAGGAAUUGUAAUGUGUAGCAUGAGAAAGUCUGGAGAAAGUUUGGUUAUGCGAGACGAGAUUUGGAAUGAAGAGGUUUCGCUGGCUGCGAGACACUCUUAAAGUCCUGAGGGCAGCUCAGUGAUUGAAGUUAGCUGGUGGAGAGGAAGACGGCUUUAGAGGCAUUAGAUUAUGAGGAGCAAAACCAGAAGAUCAUUAAGUUGGAUUCUUGGAGGAGAGUGUGUGCUUUGGUGCUAAAGAUGAGAGCAAGACCUGUUCUCUGAAUUAAGACACUGAAUGAAUUCUUGCUGAUUGAGCGGAAGGCGAGGAACAGGGUCCUUUGAGGAUGGGGGGAGGGGAACGUUUAUGCGCACGCGUGCGAAGUAGUUACCUGGCCCAACGGAGACGUUGAGAACACAAGGACGAAUGCGGCGCACACACGCCCCCUCAUGUGUGCUCCAAAGUCACGCUCCAUUUCCUGAGCAAUCUCCCCAAACCCUCUCCUGUGUGUCCAGUGGCUAUUAACCUUCCCUCCAGCUCUGUGUGUGUGUGAGCGAGAAAGAGAGAGAGAGUGAGACAGAGAGAGAGAUAGAUAGAGCGAAGUAACGAUCGAUUGACUCAAUAAAAGCCAAACUGGAGAGCAAUAGCCCAGCGCUGUGAGCAAUAAUUUCCCUGUGCAACCGAGGAACCCGAGGACAUUAGCAGACGAUGAACUGAGAAGUUUCUUUGUGUGUGUGGGACUUUAUCCGGUCGGCGAGAAAGCGGCAGAGGAGGAGACAACAUGGAGAUAAAGUGACAUUCAGAUCGUAAACCCAAUUUUGGUAUUGUCUAAUGGGCCUUGCUCGCUUGAUCUCGCUCUUUUUCUUCGGUCCAGACCUGGUUUUGUUGUGAAGUUUCUAGUAUUAUGGUCUCAGAUCUCUCCUGAUUCUCGCGCUCUCUUUUAAAUCAGGGCAAGUUCUCAAGGACACAUUGAGUCCACCCUCUGUUUCAUUUGCCCUCAAUUCAAGCAUGCAAAAAGAGUGAGACGAUCAAGGGAACACUUAUAAAAUUUUCAUGCUGUAUUUUUGUGAAGAAAAAAAUUGAUUUCAUACUAUCUAUCUCAGAGGAGUAAAAGAGAAAAAAUAUGUGUAUAUAAAUCAAAGAAUGAUUAAGAAGUAAUAUUAAAUGCAAUCAAAAAAUGAUGAAAGUACUGUAAAUGGGUGCUUUUGGGGAGAUGGACUGCCUGGUCUUGCCAAAACUGCUGUGAGCCAUAAGGACUGUGGACAUGUACAGAUUUGAGUUUCUUUUUGUAUUUGUUUUUAUUAAAUUGUGAUAUUAACUGAAGCAACUGAUGGCCAUUUUACCCACAGUGAAAAUGUCAUUUUGAAGAACUGAUGGGUACUACCUUGAAAUUUGCUUUUAUAUUUAGUGGAAAAUAUGUAUAUGAACCUAAAAAUCAAACCUUUGUUUGAUUCAUUUUUCUUUUUCUGCCAUAUUUUCCUUUGUGCAAACUUGUUUUUAUAUAUUCUUUUCUCCUUUUUAAAUAUUUCUUUCUUAAAGCUGUCAUUAACAGACUAACUAAUUGGACUUUUUGUCCAACUAAUUGGACGAGACCUCUUCACCCACACAUGAUUUGCAAGUUUUAAGCAAAAGAAAAAAAAAAAAAAAAAAACUCAAACUGAAACCAGAAAGCCAACGCACCUUUUCUAAUCAGGUCUUCCAAAUGAAACGCAGAAGAAAACAAGCCAAUCCUUUUCCCCCUAUCUUCUCGUCUUCCAAAAAGCAAAGUCUUCCACUAGCCAGGGUUUGCCUGAGUGUGGCAGUAACUGCCAAACGGAACAUGGCUUCCUGCAUAAGCCCCGCCCUCAAUCUUACAGUGAAUGCAGGAACAGGCUGAUUGGCUGACAGCCACUGGAGGCGGAGCUACACACACCUGCCCUAUGAAACAGCAUGGAGACCUACGCGGAGACUCGAAGAAGGCUGACCAUAGACUAACAGCCGGGGUCAGCUGGCUAUCCCCUGCGCCCUUAACCAGCAUGGCGGACGUACUGCUCUGAAAGCUGACACACCUGGGAGAGUACUAAGACUCUACUGCAUGCAUCCUACUUUGGAAAUACUAGGAAA